CUUUCAUGGCGGGUCAAAGAUGAAAUUUGAUUAUGCUUUGGAGGGUGUGGCUUGCCUCUUCAAAUUCCUUACACUGCCGGUUCGGUUGCGGCAUUACCAGGAGCAACCUCAAAGUGCCCUCACUUAGCCAAGGGAGGCCUCGGCGCUGGGAAGGAUCAAACAAGUGCUGCACCAUGAGGAAGAAGACGCUUCAGAUGGACGAAGCCCCACACUGUGAGCUAAAGUCCUAUUCUAAGAGUGGGGACAGUCAGGUGCCCACCAUGGGUCCUGAGCCAAAGAUACUCAAAGAUGAUGUUUCUGGGGACCAUGGGGAUACUGCCAGUCUGGAUGCCAUCAGCCCCACCUACAGUAACUCCCCUCUUUCACAAUCCACCGGGAACUCGGCCGACCCUUUCACCACCUACUUCGAUGAGAAGAUCGCCAUUCCUGAGGAAGAGUAUUCUUGUUUCAGCUUUCGGAAACUAUGGGCUUUCACGGGACCAGGCUUCCUUAUGAGCAUUGCCUAUCUGGAUCCAGGAAACAUUGAGUCGGACUUACAGUCUGGAGCCGUGGCAGGAUUUAAGUUGCUCUGGGUCCUUCUGCUGGCCACCCUGGUGGGGCUCCUGCUCCAGCGCCUUGCAGCUAGAUUGGGAGUGGUCACCGGACUGCAUCUCGCUGAAGUGUGUCACCGGCAGUAUCCCAAGGUCCCACGGAUUAUCUUAUGGCUCAUGGUGGAGUUGGCUAUCAUCGGCUCAGACAUGCAGGAAGUCAUCGGCUCAGCCAUUGCCAUCAAUCUUCUAUCUGUGGGAAGGGUUCCUCUGUGGGGCGGAGUUCUGAUCACCAUUGCAGAUACUUUCGUAUUUCUCUUUUUGGACAAAUAUGGCUUGCGGAAGCUGGAAGCGUUUUUCGGCUUUCUCAUCACUAUUAUGGCCCUCACCUUUGGAUAUGAGUAUGUUACAGUGAAACCCAACCAGACCCAGGUGCUCAAGGGCAUGUUCGUGCCAUCCUGUUCAGGCUGUCACAUCCCACAGGUGGAGCAGGCUGUGGGCAUCGUGGGAGCCGUCAUCAUGCCACAUAAUAUGUACCUACACUCUGCUUUGGUCAAGUCCAGACAGAUAAACCGGGCCAGUAAGCAAGAAGUCCGAGAAGCCAACAAGUACUUUUUCAUCGAAUCCUGCAUCGCGCUCUUUGUUUCCUUUGUCAUCAACGUCUUUGUCGUCUCCGUCUUUGCUGAAGCAUUUUUUGGAAAAACCAAUGAGCAGGUGGUUCAAGUCUGUAAAAACACUACCAUCCCCAUGCCGGAAAACCUCUUCCCUGACGACAACUCCACACUGGCGGUGGACAUUUACAAAGGGGGCGUUGUGCUGGGCUGUUACUUUGGGCACGCUGCCCUGUACAUCUGGGCCGUGGGCAUCCUGGCUGCAGGCCAGAGCUCCACCAUGACAGGGACCUAUUCUGGCCAGUUUGUCAUGGAGGGAUUCCUGAACCUGAAAUGGUCCCGUUUUGCCCGAGUGAUUCUCACUCGCUCUAUUGCCAUCAUCCCCACUCUGCUGGUCGCCGUCUUCCAGGACGUGGAACACCUAACGGGAAUGAAUGACUUCCUGAAUGUGCUGCAGAGCUUACAGCUUCCCUUUGCUCUCAUCCCCGUCCUCACGUUCACGAGUUUGCGGCCCGUAAUGCAUGACUUUGCGAAUGGACUAGGCUGGAGGAUUGCAGGCGGCAUCUUGGUCCUUCUCAUCUGUUGCAUCAACAUGUACUUUGUCGUUAUCUACGUCGAGGGACUGGGGCACGUAGCCUUGUAUGUGGUGGCUGCUGUGGUCAGUGUGGCCUAUCUGAGCUUUGUAUUCUACUUGGGUUGGCAAUGUUUGAUUGCACUGGGCAUGUCCUUCCUGGACUGUGGGCACACGUUCCACCUGGGAUUGACAGCUCAGCCUGAACUCUACCUUCUGAAUACCGUGGACACCGACUCACUUGUGUCUAGAUGACAGACAGCCCGAGAGACUGUACACCAUUUCUUUAAGCCCCUUUGUGCCAAAUAUCCUGUUAUAUAUCUUUGUUAGGUCAGAGGUGAGUUUUGUUCAAAUGUUUUGAACAAAAGGCUAAGAUUUCCUGUUGGAAAGUGAUUCAAAGCAGAUAAGUGUGAGUCAGAGAACCAUCUAUCUGCCUUACAAAACAGCCACGCAGCCGCCGGAGUGAAAAGAUUAACCCGUGGUGGCCACACACCCCUAUGGAUUGUGUCUUGACUGCUGGGAUUAAAAAUACACCUAGAUAUCUAUGUAUAUAUAUAUUUAUGUCAACCUGAACACCCAUACCAGUUUGGGUGGAGUUUUUGAGGCUAUAUAAAAUUGAUAAAUCUUUUGUUCUUCUGAAAAAAAAAAAGUUUGCUUGGGUCACAAGUAUGACAAGGAAAAAGACUGAAGCGCUUUUUCUAGGUAGUCUAGCCAAAUCGCCUGCUUUUCAAUGUGAUGCUUUGCUUCGCUAGUCAAGGCCACCUCCGUUUCAAUCACCCAGAUGCUGUCGUUGGUAUCUGAAUACGAGCUCGUUUUUCUAAAGAAAACAGUUCUCUUGUUGAAGCAACCAGAUCAAAUUUAACCCUGAUUACCAACCAAGGUUGAAUAAAAGAGAUGUUAUUCU